GGGCAAAAAAUGAAACAGGAGUUUUAAACUUUGAGGGCUUAUCAUGGAAGACUCAGAAGGACAUCACUUCAGCUCAGUGGAAGAGGAAACCAGAUACUGGAAAGAGCUGGCUAUGAAAUACAAGCAGUGUGCUGAGAAUACACAGGAGGAAUUGCGUGAAUUCCAAGAAGGGAGUCGAGAGUAUGAAGCUGAACUGGAGACUCAGCUGCAGCAAACAGAGUCCAGAAACAGAGACCUUCUGUCAGAAAACAAUCAUCUACGAAUGGAACUGGAGUCAGUUAAGGAAAAGAUUGAAAUGCAGCAUUCAGAAGGAUACAGGCAAAUUUCUGCACUGGAAGAUGACUUGGCACAGACAAAAGCUAUUAAAGAUCAACUUCAGAAAUAUAUUCGAGAACUCGAGCAAGCAAAUGAUGACUUGGAAAGAGCAAAAAGAGCCACUAUAAUGUCUCUGGAGGAUUUUGAACAGCGUUUAAACCAGGCUAUUGAAAGAAAUGCUUUUCUGGAGAGUGAGCUGGAUGAGAAAGAAAACCUUCUGGAGUCCGUGCAGCGCCUGAAAGAUGAAGCUAGAGAUCUACGACAAGAGCUUGCAGUGCAGCAGAAACAGGAGAAACCCAAAACACCGAUGCGAACUACCCUGGAAACAGAAAGAACAGACACUGCAGUUCAAGCAUCCUUAUCUGUGCCUUCAACUCCCUCGGUGCACCGGGCACCCAACAUCAACAUACCCACCCCUGCGACAUUUAGGAGAGGUCUUGAGGACAGUUACGGUGCAACCCCUCUCACACCCGCUGCAAGAAUAUCUGCACUUAACAUCGUGGGAGACUUGCUGCGAAAAGUGGGGGCUUUGGAGUCCAAACUUGCAUCUUGCCGAAACUUUGUGUAUGACCAGUCUCCAAACAGAACCACAGUGUCCAUGUACAUGAACAGAGAUGUUCUUGAAACACGCCUGAGUCCUCAUCAGCCGCUGUCUGAUACAGGGUUAGUGAAACGCCUGGAGUUUGGAACACGGCCUUCAAAUAUUCCGGGACCAAUGAGCCAUCCCUCACAAAGUGUUGUCAAGAUGCUGCUAUGAAAAGCCUGGCUGGCUUUGGAAAAGGAAAAGAAAAAAAAAAUAUAUUUUAAACUUUAGUUUUAAAGAGAAUAUCAAUGAGCAAUCAGACAGCAGUCUCGGGGUAGGUGAGAACUAAACAAGAAGCUGCAAUUGGCAAUGGCCUUCUGUGGCCUUGCCCAGUCUGGCCUCUCAGCCGAGUUCUGUGGGUAGUGUGAUAAAGCAAUGCUGCCUAGCAGUGCAGGACUUCGAAUUGCUUCCUACAUCAGUUGCUGUAAAUAGCUCCUUGAAAGUUGCAUCUUUUGAUGCUGCCAGUCAAAACCAUUGUCCUUCUACCUACAACAGAGACAGUAUUCCCUAUGCAGCUCCUCGGGCUUUGGCUUUUGGUGUUAAGCCAGCACCAUGGUGUUCUGGCUUAAGUUCUGGUUGUGCUGGCUUUCUAUCAUGGGUGUUGUGUGCUGCAGUUACCUGAAUUAGAGGAGUGGUUUUAUGUGGAGAAAGGUGUGUUUCUGCAGGGAAGCUGUUCAGCUUUUUGUGGGAUGUUUGCUGGUCGGAAUCUUGCUACACAAAAACUUGCCUCUAUAGUGGUAAGAUGGUUUUGUAAGCAAUGAUUUGCCAUUAAGAACAGGUCAUGGUUACAGGUGAGGAAUGCCUAGUGCUUAGGGUACUCAGGAGAUCCCAGAGCUGACAGCAAGGUAGGAGUCUUUGGACUGGCUUAGCAUAUAGACAUCUCUUUUUGCCAUGUUGUGGCCCAUAAAGCCUGGCUGUUGUAGGAAGCAAGAGACCUGAUUAAGUUCCCAGUUCUAACAUCUUAAUAGGUGGGGUUUACUGCUUUCCAAACCUCCCUUAUUAAUGUGCCUUAGGUAUUAGUGUUUUUUUCUUGUUUUAUUUUUUCUGUGAGAAUAUAUGCUUUCAGCUGUUACUAAUUUAGAAGUGGUUUUUUAACCUGAGAAGUCCUUUAUGCUAGACAAGUGUAUAUGAGUAGACAAUUAUUUUUAAAUCAGUUUUUUUCCCCUGUAGAAUAUUACUGUAUUUUGGUUUGUUUUUUAGAUGGAGUAGGCUCACUCAGUAUCAAUGUACCUUAUGGAAGCCUGUACUUGCAAAAAUAAUCAUGACUAAACAAUUUUUAUGUUUUUUGCUGGCGGGGGGGGUAGGUUGGGUGGGGGUGCGGAGAGCUUACUUCACAAAAGAAUGUGUAAAAGGGUUU